GCUGAAGCCUGCGUCUGGGCGCUCGGCGGCGCGCUCUCCCUGCUGCUCUUCGCGCUGCUGGUCCGCCAGCUGCUGAAGCAGCGGCGCCCGGCGGGCUUCCCCCCGGGGCCGUCGGGGCUGCCACUUCUCGGCAACAUCUACUCACUGGCCGCCUCAGCCGAGCUCCCCCACGUCUACAUGAGAAAGCAGAGCCAGGUGUACGGCGAGAUCUUCAGUUUAGAUCUUGGAGGCAUAUCAACUGUGGUUCUAAAUGGCUAUGAUGUAGUAAAGGAAUGCCUUGUUCAUCAAAGUGAAAUUUUUGCAGAUAGACCAUGCCUUCCUUUAUUCAUGAAGAUGACAAAAAUGGGAGGCUUACUCAAUUCCAGAUAUGGCCGAGGAUGGGUUGAUCACAGAAGGUUGGCUGUAAACAGCUUUCGCUAUUUUGGAUGUGGCCAAAAGUCUUUUGAAUCUAAAAUCUUAGAAGAAACCAAAUUUUUCAUCGAUGCCAUUGAAACAUACAAUGGUAGACCUUUUGACCUUAAACAGUUAACAACAAAUGCUGUUUCAAACAUAACCAAUCUGAUCAUUUUUGGAGAACGAUUCACUUAUGAAGACACUGAUUUUCAGCACAUGAUUGAGUUAUUUAGUGAAAAUGUGGAACUAGCUGCCAGUGCCUCGGUCUUCCUGUAUAAUGCCUUUCCGUGGAUUGGCAUCUUACCUUUUGGAAAACAUCAACAGCUGUUUAGAAAUGCAGCUGUGGUCUAUGAUUUUCUCUCCGGACUUAUUGAAAAAGCUUCUGUAAACAGACAGCCUCAGUUACCUCAGCAUUUUGUUGAUGCUUAUUUAGAUGAGAUGGAUCAAGGUAAAAAUGACCCAUCAUCUACUUUCUCCAAAGAAAACCUUAUUUUCUCUGUGGGUGAACUCAUCAUUGCUGGAACCGAAACUACAACCAAUGUGCUACGGUGGGCGAUUCUUUUUAUGGCCCUUUACCCUAACAUUCAAGGACAAGUUCAGAAAGAGAUUGAUUUAAUUAUGGGCCCAAGUGGGAAGCCUUCUUGGGACGACAAAUGCAAAAUGCCUUACACUGAGGCAGUUUUGCACGAAGUUUUAAGAUUCUGUAAUAUUGUGCCAUUAGGGAUUUUCCAUGCAACCUCUGAAGAUGCAGUUGUACGUGGUUAUACCAUUCCUAAAGGCACAACAGUAAUUACAAAUCUUUAUUCUGUACACUUUGAUGAAAAAUACUGGAGAAAUCCAGAAAUAUUCUAUCCUGAGCGAUUUCUGGACAGCAGUGGAUAUUUUGCCAAGAAGGAAGCUUUGGUUCCUUUUUCUCUAGGGAGAAGACAUUGUCUUGGAGAACAGCUGGCUCGGAUGGAAAUGUUCCUGUUUUUUACAGCAUUGCUUCAGCGGUUUUACUUGCAUUUCCCUCAUGAACUGGUUCCAAAUCUGAAACCCAGGUUGGGAAUGACGUUGCAACCUCAGCCCUACCUCAUUUGUGCAGAAAGACGCUGAAAGUGCAUGAAUGUCUUGUGGAACAAGGCCUGACUACUAGAGCCCAUGAUGGAACUGACUUCCAAGUUGGGGGAAAGUUAUAAACAUGUAAGCAAAAAAAAAAAGGAUAGCUAUGAAGAAAAGAGGAAGUCCUGACAAAAAGACCAGUUACAAUAUCUGCCUCUGUCCUCUGACUACCUGCUCAGCCAAGAAACUUCAAGCUACCUCCCUGACUCUUGACAAAUGAACUCAUUCAUGUUGUUCCUUGAUAUUUGCUCUUCCUUAGAGACAGAAAAUCUCUCAUUCAUGUCCUUCCUGCUUACUAUCAUAUCUCCUACAAGUGCCUAAGUUGAACUCAACAGACUGGGUUCUGGAGGAUUCGUGAGGAAAACAACUUAGUUAAUUGGAGUAAAUUAUAAGCAAAAAUGGGAAUCUUUAUUUAGCUCUUGAAUAUUAGUAACACGAUUACUUCUAGCAUGGUUAAGAAUUCCAUAAGCCUAUAUAGAGUGCAGAAUAUGUUCUUUAUUUCCUUUACCUUAUAUUUAAGAAAAUGUUUACUUUUUUCCUUAAGUUAAUGCCAGCAUGGCAAAAAUUAUGAAAGAUGUAGAAGAGUUUAAUCUUAUAUAAUAUGCUUAUUUUAUAACCAAGGAAAUAGGGGUCCUGACAGGGGAAGUGAUUUCUCUAGUUCACAGCAGUAGCAGGAUCCUUUUCAUCCCACUUUCUUCUUACACCUAAUAAUUUACACUAUGCUUUACAGUUUACAGGGUUGUUUUUCAAAUAUUGCCAACUCUUGAAUUUAUGGAACCAAUUGACUAUGGUAAAAAUAAAAUAUUGCACUUUUGAAAAAAUACAAAUUAACAUGAACUAGUA